AUGGCAGCAUAGAGCGAUCAUAGUGACAGGUGGCGAUGUCUGCUGACGAAAUGUCCAUGUCCGAUGGCGAGCCCUUUACCCGGGAGCGCUGGGCUCCGGUCGGGGCGGUGGCGGAAGAAGCGGACGAGCAGAGUGCGGUGCCCUGGGCUGGUAUGAAGUCGGAAGGUGAGGAGGGAUCGAACCGGCUGCACGGCGGUGCCAUGUCUGUAGAGCUGGUGGACAAGCUGCGCAGGCUGGAGGACGAACAGGAGCUGCUCAACUCGUCUCUGCUCGCCCUCACCUCACAUUUCGCCCAGGUGCAGUUCCGUCUGAAGCAGAUCGUGCGGGCAGAGGGAACGGAGAAGGAGUCGCUGCUGGCCGAGCUGGAGGACUUUGCCUUUAAGGGCACCCCGUAUGUGCACGGACCCUUGGGGGUGCAGAGCCAGCAGGCGCUAGAUGAAUCGGUGAGUAGUGAAUGGGAAAAAAGGGAACGCAUUGAAUCACAAAGAAAAAAGCAGAGGGAACUCAUUGUUCAGCUCAAAAACCAGCUGGAUGAUUUGGAGAAUUUUGCUUACCAAGAAGGCAAUUAUGAUUCUUUGCCCCAGUCCAUGGUCAUGGAGAAACAGCGGGUAAUCAUUGAUGAGUUGAUUAAGAAGCUGGAUGUUAAUUUGAAUGAGGACAUCAGCUGCUUGUCUCCAGAAGAGUUGCGUCAGAGAGUAGAUGCUGCCAUUGCUCAGAUUGUUAACCCAGCUAGAGUGAAGGAGCAGUUGGUGGAACAGUUGAAGACUCAGAUCAGAGACCUGGAGAUGUUCAUACAAUUUAUUCAAGAUGAAAUUGGCAGCCCUUCCGAUACUGGUAACAGUGGAGCAACAGGUUUCCACACAAAUUCCAGCUCAAAUGCUCGGAGUAAUGUGAGUCCAGAGCAGGCAAGGCAAAUGAGGGAAACAGGACUACAUUUGCUACGCCGUGCACUGGCUGUCCUGCAGAUCUUCGCAGUCAGCCAGUUUGGUUGUGGUACAGGACAUGUGCAACACAACCUGUGGAAGCAGGAUGAAAGCAACAGAGACUUCACUCCAUUGAUAAAGAAGCUUGAGGCUUCUGUAGAGAAAGUGAGGCAAUUGGCAGUGCGGCAGCAGCCUGAGGAGCAUGUUAUCAGCUAUGCCAGCAUGCAGGAAAUUGCUCUGGGAGGUAAAGAUGAGCUAACAGUAGCUGUGAGGAAAGAGUUGGCAACCGCAAUCCGAGAUCUUCUGUCCCAUGGUCUUUAUGCUACAUCUCAAGGAAUGAGUUUGGUUCUUGCACCCAUUGCCUGCCUCAUUCCGGUUUUCUCCGCCUCUCCUCCCAACAUGCACCCCUGGGAACUUUUUGUCAAAUACUACAAUGAGAAAAAUGGAAAAGCAUUUGUUGACUCUCCAGCCCGUAAGCUCUCACAGUCCUUUUCCCUCCCUGUUUCAGGAAGUACUAAGGUUACCCCGAAACAGAGCCUCCUCUCUGCCAUCCACACAGUUUUAACAGAGCAUGAUCCUUUCAAACGGGGUGCAGACUCCGAGUUUAAGGCUCUGGUCUGCAUGGCACUGAAUGAACAACGUCUUGUCUCCUGGCUUAAUUUGAUCUGCAAAUCUGGGGUGUUGAUACAGUCUCACUACCAGCCCUGGAGUUACAUGGCAAGCAGUGGCUUUGAAAGCGCUUUAAACAUCCUCAGCCGACUCAGCAUCCUGAAGUUCAACCUACCGGUGGAUCUUGCCGUGCGACAAUUGAAAAACAUCAAGGAUGCUUUUUGAUGAGAGACCUAAUGAUCAUCUCAUUGUAAGAAUAUAACGCAUCUGUGGCUGACUGGACUUCUGCAUGGUUUUGCUUACCAAAAACAGUCUAGACAUGCACAAAAAGCAUCCAUUCAGCUUUAAAAUUUGCCAGUUAAGGGCGC